UAUUCAAUAAGUGUCAGUGCUAUGUAGCAUGUUCUGUAUAGUUACGGGACUUCAUUUUAAAAGGAAAGUGAUUCAAAUGGACAUAAAAGAGUAAUAUUGGGAUGCAUGUGUUCAAGCACAGUUUGUCGUCUCUGCAAGCUUCAGACGGCUUUUGCAUCGGAUUGGUUCAUUGGUUCAUUGCCUUUAAAUCGCGUCAAAAUACAAGUACGAAAGUUGAUCCUAUCAUGUCUUGCGAAACGAUGCAAACAAGCUCCUGAAGGAUGCCUAAUAUCUAAUUUCUCCGCAGCGAUUGCCAUUUUGUUUGACAGUCGUCUAUCUGGUAUCUAUUCUUUAUGUACCUUUUAAUAGCAUAUUAUUGCAUUUACUCGUAUCUUUUCCCUUACAGAUAUUUUAUUCCGUAAUGGAAACUCCAGUCAGGUCACUCAAGCUAGCUCAUCUCCUUUGUCUUCAUUUCGUCAAGCGACUUAGUUUUAUGCCUAGUAUAUUGCAUUGAAUAUCUGCAAAGAUCCAAAUAAGUGACACAGAUGAGUCUUGCUAAGAAGAAAAAUGCUAUUCCGUGUGUUACGGGAAACCACCAGAUGAGUUGGAGGGAACUGGCUGAAGCUGAUGAUCUCGCUUCUGCUCUCACUGUUGAUCCUUAUCUUGGCUUUACUACCCAUAAAAUGACAGAUAUGAGGUUAAAAAUUCCAGAAAGAAUCCAAAAGAAAUUUUGUGAUAUCAUAUCUACCUUUCGGAAAAAUAAGUGUUACGAUACAGCUUUCAACCAGCUGACUGCCGAUCCAAACAUAGUAAAACGGUCUUGGAGUAUUGAUCCCCGUUUCAAGGAACACAUCAAUCGAUAUUUGUUAUUAUUUGAUGAUCGUUCCGGUAUUGAAAUUCGACCCUGUUGGCGCUAUGCGUCAGAAAAUCAUAUGGGAGCCGCAAUAUAUGCCACAAAAGAUUGGCCGAAAGGGUCCCGUAUUAGUACUUUGGUGGGAUGCAUCGCUGAACUCAAACAUCAUGAAGAGGCGACAUUCCUUAAGCAACACCAAAAUGACUUUUCAGUCAUGUAUUCCUCUAGGAAAAACUGUUCUCAAUUAUGGUUAGGUCCUGCAGCUUAUGUCAAUCAUGACUGUCGACCUAACUGUGAGUUCACAACUAACUGUGAUGCCGAUGCUCGUAUGAGCUUAGAGGCUAUAACCGAUAUCAAGUGUGGUGACGAGAUUUUCAUCUACUAUGGGACAAACUUUUUCGAUACAAAUAAUGCAGCUUGCGAGUGUUUUACAUGUGAAUUAUUAGGUCGUGGAUAUUUCAGCAAAUUUAACCAAAGUGUGGAUAUGACAAAUCCUACUAAUGAAUUAUCACCUUCAAAUACUAUCUCCGACCAGAGGAUUCAUCCAAAAAAUAUUAAAUCAGCAUUUCAUAGUGGUCUUAACAUUUCUACUGAUCAUAAUCAAAUUCUGCGUGAUAGAAUCAAUUCAGUACCAAAUAAUUCUCGUUUUGUCAACUGGGUUGGUUCUCAAGUCACCAAGUCUAUAUCAUUGGAUUUCUUCCUGAAGAAGGGGUCUUCAACCGGUUUAGCUUGUAGAGCAUUGCCUAAUGCAUAUUCUUUACGGCAUACUGGCUAUCGUUUAAAUCGUGUUAAAGCUCGACUUAUUGCUGCAACCAUAGCUUCUGUAAACAAAUCACGUUAUUCGAUUAGUCACGAGAACAGGACUCCGAGAAUUAUUUCCCCCUAUAAAAAGUGCAUGUUAAGAAAAACUAUUAAGAAAACCGUUUCAUCUUGCCUGCAAAAUGAAUCAAAUUUGCAUUCAUGUGACAGUGAGCGAAGAAAACUAAACAAUUCAUUAUCUGUUGUAAAAAGACGAAGACAAUUAUUGCGGAAUAGUCAUUUAUCUGAACAACGAAGUUUUACUUCCAAGAGUACUAUUAAAGUCCCUGUUUCCAAUGACCCAACAGUUUGUGACAGGGUAACAUGGCAAGAAUCAGAUGGAACUAGCAGCGGAUUAGGAUAUAGUGUUCACAACGAUUGCAGUAGUGCUUCAAAUAGCCCAUUACCUCCUUUAUUGGACCGUAUGCCAUCAACUUCACCAAAUAAUUCCUUCAGUGAUUCAACUGUUACACCUGCGCUUGGAACACCCUAUUAUAGUGAUUCAGUAACUCAGAUGUCCAGUAAUGAUAAUGAUGACGAUAUGGAUAAUGUUAGUGAUGCAAAUAAUGAUAACGACGCAGGUACUACUGUUACACCUGAUCUUGGAUCACCGUAUUACACCGAUUCAGUAACCCAAAUGUCCCGUAAUGAUGAUGAUGAUGAUGAUGACGAUAUGGAUAGCAAUAGUAACGAUAUUAAUGAUGAUAAUAUUUAUAAUCCUAUUGACGAUAAUAAUAACAAAAGAUAUACGACCGUUACACCUCAUCUAGUAUCACCCUAUUGUAUUGAUCCAAUAAUCCAAAUGUGCUGCAAUGAUAAUGAUGCUGAUAUGGAUAAUAACAAUGAUAACAGCAAUGAUAGUCGGGGAAAUAAUGACGAUAGUCACAGUGAUACUGAUGACGAAACUGAUACUACUGUUACUCCUGCUCUUGGAUCACCCUAUUAUAUUGAUUCAGUAACUCAAAUGUGCAGUAUCGAUAAUGGUGACGAUAUUGAUGAUAGCAAUAAUAAUAAUAAUAAUAAUAACAAUGAUCCUAAUAAGGUGAAGAAAGACAUGACCGUUACGCCUGAUCUUGGAUCACCCUAUUAUAUUGAUCCAGUAAUCCAAAUGUAUAGUAAUUAUAAUGAUGGAGAUAUGGAUAAUUAUAGUAAUGAUAACAAUUCUAAUGACAAUAAUGAGAAUAAUAACGAAAGAAAUACAACCGUUACACCCGAUCUUGUAUCACCCUAUUAUAUUGAUCCAGUAAUUCAAAUGUACAGUAAUCGUAAUGACGACGAUAUGGAUAAUUAUAGCAAUGAUAAUAAUUAUAAUGAUAGUGACCAUCGUAAUAACAAAAUAGAUACGGCCAUUCCACCUGUUCGUGUGUCACCCUAUUACAUUAAUCCAGUAACCCAAAUGCACACCAAUGGUGAUGAUGAUGAUGGUGAUGAUGACGAUGACAGUAGCGAUAACAGUAAUAGUAGUGAUAGUGAUUAUAAUGACAGUGAUAAUAACAAAACUGAAACGUCUGUUACACCUGAUCUUGGAUCACCCUAUUAUAUUGAUUCAGUAACUCAAAUGUGCGGUAUUGAUAAUGAUGACGAUAUUGAUGAUAAUAAUAAUGAUAAUAUUAAUAAUAAAGACCGUAACGAUGAUCAUAACGAAAGAGAUAUGUCAGUUACACCUCAUCUUGGAUCAGUCUAUUGUACUAAUUCAGUAAUCCAAAUGUACAGUAAUCAUAACGACGAUAACAACGCUAAUGAUAACAGUAAUAAAACUGUUACAACUGUUACACAUGAUCUUGAAUCACCCUAUUAUAUUCGCUCAGUAACCCAAAUGUGCAAUUCUGAUAAUAACGAUAUGGAUAAUAAUAGUAAAGACAAUAGUAAUUAUAAUGACAAAAAUCGUAGUGAUAACAAAAGAGAUGUAACUGUGGUGCAUGAAUCACCAUAUUACAUUGAUUCAGUAACUCAAAUGUGCAGUAUUGAUACUAGUGACGAUAGUGACAAUAGUAAUAAUAAUAAUAAUAGUACUAAUGGUAAUAGUGGCAGCAAGGGAACUGUUACACCUAAUCUCGGACCAGCUUACUAUAUUCAUCCAAUAACGCAAAUGUACACAAAUGAUAACGAUGACAAUAUUAAUAAUAAGAAUCAUAAUAAUGUUGAUAAUGACGACAGUAAUGUUAAUGACCAUAAUAAGAAAACUGUUAAAUCUAAUCUUGAAUCCCUCGAUUGUGUUCAUCUGUUGACUCAAAUGUGCAGUAUUGAUAUUAAUGACGAUAAUGAUAAUGAUGCUGAUAUUGACAAUAACAACAAUGAGAACACUAAGAAAACUAUGACACCUGAUCUUGGAGAAAAUUACAAUAUUCAUCCAGUAACGCGAAUGUACACAAGUGAUAAUAACGAAAACGAUAUUGUUAUCAAUAAUAAUACUAAUCCAAUUAGUAAUCAAAAUGAUGACAGUACUGUUAUUAAAAACAGUAGGAAAACUGUUACAUCUGAUCUUGGAUCACCCUAUUAUAUUCAUCCAGCAACACAAAUGUCCUGUAAUGACAAUGAUAGCAAUAUUGGCAAUGACAACAGUAAGAAAACUGUUACAUCAGUUCAUGGAUCUCCAGGUUUUAUUCCUCCGUUAACUGAAAUGUGCAGUAAUGAUAAUGACGCCAAUAAUGUUAAUAACCAUAAUAAGAAAACUGUUACACCUGAUCUUGGAUCGUCCGAUUGUAUUCAUCUAUUAACCCAAAUGUGCAGUAUUGAUAUUAAUGACGAUAAUGAUAAUGAUGCCGAUAUUGACAAUAACAACAAUGAGAACAGUACGAAAACUGUUACGCCUGAUCGUGGAUCGACUCACUCUAUUCAUCCAGUAACCCAAACGUACAAAAACGAUAAUGAUGACAAUAGUGGCAAUGACAACAGUAAGAAAACUGUGACACCCCACCAUGGAUCACCGGAUCGUAUUCCUCCACUAACGGAAAUGUACAGCAUUGAUGAUGGUGGUGACGACAUUGAUAAUAAUGUUAAUGAUGACAAUAAUUGCAAUGACAACAGUAAGAAAACUGUGACACCCCACCAUAGAUCACCGGAUCGUAUUCCUCCACUAACUAAAAUGUACAGUAUUGAUGAUGAUGAUGAUGAUGACGAUACUGAUAACAGUGUUAAUGAUAAGAGUAAGAAAACUGUUACGCCUGAUCCUGGAUCAUCUUAUUAUAUUCAUCCAGUAACCCAAAUGUGCAAUUCUGAUCAUGACGAUAUGCAUAAUUAUAAUAAAGAUAAUAACAGCUGUAAUGACAACAAUCGUAGUGAUAAUGAUAACAAAAGUGAAGUUACCGUUACACUGGGACAUCGAUCACCAUUUUCUAUUGAUCCAGUAACCCGGAUAUUCAGUAAUGGUAGUGAAGACUAUCUUAAUAAUACUGUUAGUGGUGACAAUGAUAACAGUAAGAAAACUGUUACACCCGAUCUUGGAUCACCCUAUCGCAUGUUUCGAGCAACCCAAAUGUCCUGCAUUUAUAAUGAUGACGAUAACAAUAAUAAUAAUGAUAAUAAUAACAGAGGCACGUCUGUUACACCUGAGCAUAAAUCCGCCUGUAACAUUAAUUCAGUUACUCAAAAGUGUAUCAAUGAUAUUGACGAUGAUAUGGAUAACAAUACUAAUGAUAAGAAAAUUUGUAUUUAUAAAGAUAUUAAAGCUGAUAAUGAUAAAAAUGUUAACAAUAAUUCUAAUGACAAUAAUGAUAUUAAUAUUAAGAAAGAUGAUGAUAAUAAUGAUAUUUAUAAUGAUAAUAACUUUAUUGAUGACAACGAUGGCAAUUGUAAUAAUGACAAAAAUGAUAAUAUAUAUGACAAUGAUAGUGAAAUCAAUAUGAACAAUAACGCUGUAUUGUCAAGAUCAUCUGAAAUGUGUAACCAACUUUCUACUGACAAGUUAAUGAGUUCACUUGUUACUUUAUUGCAAGCCACAGAAGAGAAUAAGACACAAAAAGGUGUUGAAUCGAUAUUGGGACGACUUAUGCAUGAAUCUCAGUGUGAUAUUAAUAAGUCAUUAGUGAACAAUCACCUACCAAGUCAAUCUUCUACUCUACGCGGUAAACGGCGUAUCACAAAUUAUGAUGCUCGUUUAAUAGCUGAAGCUAAAUUACUUGGUCCAAUGACAAGGCGGCGCGAACGUAAACCUUUGUCUAAUCCAGAUUAUCUUGAGUUUAUUUCACUAAAGGAUGUAGUAGGACCUCCGAAGUUAACUUCACCCAAAUCAAAUGGUAAAAGAAAGACUGUGAAUAAGCCAUCCCAAUUCAGUAUUGAUCAAAACGACGAUUGUAAAAGUUUAGAUCUUAAGGAUACUGAUAAUAUUUGCUGUCCAAAAUCAACACUUUUUGGUUCUACUGAAAACCAAUAUACAAAAGUGGAAUCUACUUCUAAUGACCUAGCGCCACCAUUGCUACUUAGUGAACAUCCUUGUGUCGAUUCUGAGCUCACUCCACCUGAUAUAGUUGCUGAACCAGUAACCAAAUGCGAUCCUGAUAGUGUUGUGGCUCCAGAUCCUGUGCCUGACACUAAAACAACUCCUGAGAAAUGCCAGCCGAAACCGCAUUAUUUUUUCCGUAAAACAAAAUGUAACUAUCGCCUCCGAAGAGUUGUGCACAUAGCUUCACCUCCACUAUUACAAGCAGUCCCCCCUCCCACUGCACCUGAUAUAGUUGCUGAACCAGUAACCAAAUGUGAUCCUGAUAGUGUUGUGGCUCCAGAUCCUGUGCCUGACACUAAAACAACUCCUGAGAAAUGCCAGCCGAGACCGCAUUAUUUUUUCCGUAAAACAAAAUGUAACUAUCGCCUCCGAAGAGUUGUGCACAUGGCUUCACCUCCACUAUUACAAGCAGUUCCCCCUCCCACUGCACCUGAUAUAGUUGCUGAACCAGUAACCAAAUGUGAUCCUGAAAGUGUUGUGGCUCCAGAUCCUGUGCCUGACACUAAAACAACUCCUGAGAAAUGCCAACCGAGACCGCAUUAUUUUUUCCGUAAAACAAAAUGUAACUAUCGCCUCCGAAGAGUUGUGCACAUAGCUUCACCUCCACUAUUACAAGCAGUCCCCCCUCCCACUGCACCUGAUAUAGUUGCUGAACCAGUAACCAAAUGUGAUCCUGAUAGUGUUGUGGCUCCAGAUCCUGUGCCUGACACUAAAACAACUCCUGAGAAAUGCCAGCCGAGACCGCAUUAUUUUUUCCGUAAAACAAAAUGUAACUAUCGCCUCCGAAGAGUUGUGCACAUAGCUUCACCUCCACUAUUACAAGCAGUCCCCCCUCCCACUGCACCUGAUAUAGUUGCUGAACCAGUAACCAAAUGUGAUCCUGAUAGUGUUGUGGCUCCAGAUCCUGUGCCUGACACUAAAACAACUCCUGAGAAAUGCCAGCCGAGACCGCAUUAUUUUUUCCGUAAAACAAAAUGUAACUAUCGCCUCCGAAGAGUUGUGCACAUAGCUUCACCUCCACUAUUACAAGCAGUUCCCUCUCCCAUUGCACCUGAUAUAGUUGCUGAACCAGUAACCAAAUGUGAUCCUGAAAGUGUUGCGGCUCCAGAUCCUGUGCCUGACACUAAAACAACUCCUGAGAAAUGCCAGCCGAGACCGCAUUAUUUUUUCCGUAAAACAAAAUGUAACUAUCGCCUCCGAAGAGUUGUGCACAUAGCUUCACCUCCACUAUUACAAGCAGUCCCCCCUCCCACUGCACCUGAUAUAGUUGCUGAACCAGUAACCAAAUGUGAUCCUGAUAGUGUUGUGGCUCCAGAUCCUGUGCCUGACACUAAAACAACUCCUGAGAAAUGCCAGCCGAGACCGCAUUAUUUUUUCCGUAAAACAAAAUGUAACUAUCGCCUUCGAAGAGUGGUGUAUAUACCCACACCUCCACUAUUACAAGCAGUUCCCUCUCCCAUUGCACCUGAUAUAGUUGCUGAACCAGUAACCAGAUGUGAUCCUGAAAGUGUUGUGGCUCCAGAUCCUGUGCCUGACACUAAAACAACUCCUGAGAAAUGCCAACCGAGACCGCAUUAUUUUUUCCGUAUGACAAAAUGUAACUAUCGCCUCCGAAGAGUGGUGUAUAUACCCACACCUCCACUAUUACAAUCAGUAACUCCUUUUGAUUUGUAUACACGAUAUUCCCCAUGUAGAAGUAAAAAUGAUUACCUAUCAAAUACAGCUGGUAAAGCACCGAUAAUUUCUCGUGCCCAUAAUCCCAGACGGUCGCGAAACUCAAAUGCCAACGGUGUUAUCUCGCAUCCUACUGUUUCAAAUUCAAAUACCCAUCGUCUUACCGUCACACUCAAAAGGAUUGGACCUAAACUUUAUCAGAUAUCUCAACCGAAUAGAAUAUUUAUUACUUGAAUGACAUAAUAUAUCUUUUUCUUUUCUUAUGUAUUUAUAGGGAUAUUCAUAUUAAUUAUUGAUGACCAGCAUUUUAGAUUUAUUACUUCUUCGCACUAGCUUACUCUACCUCAGAUUACUUUAAUGCGCUUAUAUAAUGUAUGAUGUAUAUAUAAAUAUAUGUAUUUACUUCAACAUGUACAUAAUACGUUAUUA